AUGCCAGUAUGGGGCGCGGAAACUACUGUGCCCAGCCUUGUAUCCCAAAUUCCUUCUUGUGCACUUCCAUGUCUACUAACUGGUCUUCAACACGGUGGCUGUGGGCUGGAUUCUGUUUCCACUGUCGCCAACUGUUUAUGUAUCGACGUUGGACUUCAAGCAGAUCUUUCGUCGUGUGUACGGCUCAAGUGUUCAUUCGAGGACCAAAAACAUGCUGCCCAGGUUGAGGCAGAACUAUGUGUCGCUUUCCCGAAACCUUCAAGAAGAGAAGAAGCAAGGGCAGUGGCAUUAUCCUUGUCUAUAAUAGCCUUCGCAAUCGUCGGACUUCGAUGCGUCUCACGAUACUUGAUUGACCGUCGGCUAUGGUGGGACGACUGGAUGAUUAUUGCAGCUACGUUACUUCUAGCUGCCAUAACAGGUAUUCAGAUUGCAGGAACUACUUUAGGGUUUGGGCUGCACUACUGGAAUGUCGACCCACGGGCAAGCACGAGGCUCAUACAGAUGUUCUACGUCGGCGAGCAGCUAUACAUUUUGGCUCAGAUCCUGGCUAAAGUAUCGCUCCUUCUCUUCAUCUCGCGAAUCUUCUUUUCAUCUCGAUGGUUCUAUCUCACGACACAACUCUUCAUUUUAUUUCUGGUACUGCACGCAGCAAUAUUUCUUUUUCUUGUUAUCUUCGCAUGCACACCGAUAAAGUCUAUCUGGAAUCUUGACGAUCCGUCACGGAAAUGUAUGAACAUUGCAGCAAUCGGUUACUCUGGCGCAGUGUUUAGCGUCAUCGAGGACAUUGCUAUCCUAGUUCUCCCAAUUCCUGAGCUACUUAGACUGCAACUCAAUACCAAGCAGAAGGUUUGGCUAAGUCUAAUGUUUGGCCUAGGUUCAUUUGGAUGCGUUACUAGCAUGGUCAGAUUGAAAUACCUGAUCAACCUCUCUUCUAUAUCCGAUGUUACUUGGGAUAAUGUCGAUGUUAUCAAUUGGUCUCUGGUCGAAGUCUCGUGUGCCAUCCUUUGUGGAAGUCUUCCUGCACUGCGACCACUUUUUCGUUCCCUGGCUAGCAAGAAACCGAAGAAAACCACAGAUGCCACACAUUUCGAAGGCUACCAACCACGCUACAGAGGGGACAGAUUUAGUAAGAUUUCAAAUUCCGAACCAUCAACCGAGCUAUCACUGUCAGCAGUUGAUACGGAUCUCCAAGACAUAGCAAGAGAAUUUGUGAGGUGGAAUAGCGAAAGUUUUUCGGAAGGCAAUUUUCACUCUGUUACUACAUGA